AUGAGCGUGGCGAUGGUGACCAUGGACUCGUAUGGCCUUCGUCUGGGUGUCGGGCAUCACCCUGGACGCUGCGCGGCGUCCUCGCAGGAGCACCGCGACAUCCCCCAGGCUGGACCCUCGACCGAGUCCUCGCUUCGCUUCAGCGUGGUCAACAUCCUCAGGCCGGACUUCGGCAGGGAGGCCAUCCUCGGCAGGACCUCCGGGAAGCGGGGAUUCUAUCCCGGGAUCCCCUCCUCUAGAACCCAGACCCUGACCUUCCCCAGGGACCUCGGCUUGCCGGCCUCCAGACUCUCGCCCCGACUCGCUUCUGCCGGGUCCCCUGGACAGAGGGAGAGAGACAGGGACACCUUCUCCACCCACUCGGGACUCGCGUCGCCACUUCGGAGACAUGGACUCAGCAGGAGCGGGAGCUUGGAGAGUCUUGCCAGUAAUCGCAGCUCCGUCACUGGCAGCUCCGGCACCGGGGCUCCCUCCACCGUUGGGGCGGAAUCCAUCAGCGGGGACAGCACUUCAGGAUGUGUCGGACAGAACACCCCUGCCGGACAGAGCCUCUGGCCGGCGUGGGUUUAUUGCACCAGAUACUCCGACAGACCCUCUUCCGGACCUCGAACCAGGAGAGUGAAGCGGUCGCAGCCAGCGGGGGAAAAGAGCAGCUCCUCCGAGGAGAAGAGGCCCAGGACGGCGUUCAACGCGGAGCAGCUGGCGAGGCUGAAGAGAGAGUUUGCAGAAAAUCGGUACUUGACAGAGAGGAGGCGACAACAACUCUCGCAAGACUUGGGCUUGAACGAGGCGCAGAUCAAGAUCUGGUUCCAAAAUAAAAGGGCGAAGAUAAAAAAGGCCAGUGGCCAGAAGAACCCUUUGGCGUUGCAGCUGAUGGCGCAGGGUCUGUACAACCACUCGACGGUGCCCGUGGACGAGGACGGCGAGGAGAUCGUACCCGGCAAGGCCUAGGAAGACUCAUCGGGGUAGUAACGAAACAACCGAUCUCUGCAAAGCCGAAGGUUCUCCAAAUCUGGAACUCUGCUAAACCUAACAAGGUUCUCCAAACCUGGAGCAAAAUUCUACGAAGUCUAAGAAAAUUCUCCAAAAUGACUGCGAAGCCAUGGAACCCUGCA